UUCCAACUUAGCAGGUUUGCUGUGUCAAUUUUGAAAUAACAUUUGUGCAAAGACAGAUGGCUUGAGGAUGGAAAAUAGCACUAACUUCUCAAACCACGGAUCAGAAAGCCAAAACUUUCACAUAAAAGUUUUUGUCGUUGUGAACUGUGCCUUGAAUGCGCCAUUGAUGCUUGUAUCAAUUCUAGGCAACGCGUUGGUUCUUGCCGCCAUUAUAAGGAAUCCGUCGAUUCGUUCUCCGUCAAUGAUCAUGCUCGGUAGUCUUGCUGCUACAGACCUUCUGGUAGGUCUUAUCGCUCAGCCGUUGUUUAUUGCAGAUGAGCUCAUUAUGAAGAACCAUGUUCUGAACGCUGUUUCUGCAAUGAUAGGAUUCGCCUUAUGUGGUAUUUCUCUCGCAACCAUAACAGCCAUUAGCAUGGAUCGUUUUAUUGCACUGCAGUAUCACUUGCGAUAUGUAACUCUUGUGACCAACUCCCGAGUGAUCUAUUCUAUAGUAGCGGCAUGGUUGAUUAUCGUGAUCUAUUCGGGACUUCGGUUAUGGGAUGAGGUUGUAUUUCACCUACUUUCCGCGAUACUCACCGUUGUUUCUCUUGCAACAUCUACGCUUUGUUACAUUAAGAUUUACCAAAUCGUCCGACGCCACCGAUUGCAGAUCCGCUCUCAAGAACAAGCUACAAGAAGCCACAUCAUUCAGAAUCGCACAGAAAAAAUGCGAUUAAAACAAAGCGCUUUGAACACGUUCGUUUUUUAUAUCUUUAUGAUUGUAUUUUACUUUCCCGCGUAUAUUUUUCUCUUUCUUUUUGGAAUUUCUUAUUCUACAUGGAAAACGGAAUGGACCAUCUCGACUACCGUUGUGUUUAUGAACUCGUCCCUGAAUCCAGUUCUGUUUUGCUGGCGUAUCCGCCAGCUUCGGGUUGCAGCUGUGAAGACGGCAAGAGAUAUGUUAUGCACCACCACUGAUUAAAUUCAAAAACAGUAACUUUUGUCAGACAAUUCUGGCUUCUACGCGCAGCAAUAAGCUGCAUUUAAGCUGGCUCAGCAGCACCAAGAAUCCACAUUUGAAGAAAAAAAUUGAAUCGAUCGGGGACAUCAGAAAAUGCUGUAAAAUUAGUGAGGUUACGGCAUCUGGGCUUAAAAUCGCGAGAAAAACGAUAGACGAGCAAGUUUUUGCCUUUCGUUUAUACCCAAAACGCUUUCAAGAUUUCUUGCUAAAAGGAAUAGAAGAGGUCUCGUUGAGAAUUCCCAAAGCCUAUUUUAAU